AUGGCACCCCUCGACAAGGGGAAAGGGAAGGCUGGGUUAGACGCCGAAUAUCUCCCAAUCCAAGAGGCUCCUCCUCCACCACCCCCAUUGUCAGAGCAGCGAAGGAAACAGGCAUCCAGAAGACAGACUGAAGAACAGAAAACUGAUGAUCAUGACCCAGAAGACGAUGAGCCUCUUCCACAACGCCCAAGCACUGGCAAAGAAGGUCAGAGCACACAAUUGGACGCCAACUAUUUCGCGAUUGAUCUGGGCAAGACCGAUGCCAUUUACGUCUACAGUCUCUCUUUCCUCAGAGGUUAUGACCCAGGUAGCAAAAGACGUGAACGACGAGUCCUUCAAUUGCUGUUGGACCAAUAUCCAGCAUGUAAAAGUGCUGCCACAGAUUACCGUGAACGUCUGGUCAGCAUAAAGCAGCUUACAGAGAAGAACUUGCCUAGGACGCUUGAGGUGUUUUACCAUGAAAUAGGCGAUACACCUGUUCACGGUGCCGACGCACUCAAAUACUAUGUUACGGUCAGUUACCUGAAGAAGCUCGAAUUAGGAUCUCUGCAUGACUACCUAGGCGGGAGCAGUUCAGGUAGCCAAUACACUGCCAAAGAUGAGACUGUCGCUGCUUUGAACCUACUUCUGGGUCGACACACGAACCAAUCGACCCAUGUCAGCAAGAUCGGAAGAGGUAGAGUCUUUGACCAACGGACAACUCAGCCUCUGAGGGCACCACUCCGUGGGGGCCUCGAGGCAGCGGUUGGAUUUGAGAAAAGUGUGCGUAUUGCAAGAGCAGGACUUCUGCUCAAUCUCAAUGCAGCAACAUCUGCAUUUUACGUGCCACUACGAAUGGACGAAUUGAUCAAGCAAUGGACCGACGAAGCAUGUCCCCGUAACUAUCGGGAAAACAAGAAUGCUUGGCAGGUUCAGCACCUUGUCAAACUUGAAAGGUUUUUGAAAGGGCUGCAAGUCAGGGCGACAUACGCACCACGACGCUUUCAUUCUGUUUGGGGGAUCGCGCGGGCAAGUAAUGGCUCGAAUCGGCCGAUCCCCGAUCAAGUGAUGUUUGACCUUGAAAAAAAAGAUGAGCAUGGCAACGCUAUCUCAAGCGAAUCAAUCACAGUCUUCGAAUAUUUCAGACGGAAACACGGAAUCCGGACUGCGACUGACUGCCUGGUCGUCGAUGUGGGGUCUCAAGACAGAUCGAUCUUCAUUCCUGCGAAUCUCUUGGACGUACUUCCUGGUAACUUCUACCGUCACGUCCUUCUUGGUGCACAGCAGUCAACUAUGAUCCAAUUCGCUUGUCGUCCAGCAAGAAUAGCGAAUUCACCCACCCCCAAUCAUGGCUUGAUCACCAAUUCUGGUGUUCCCAUGCUAGGGAUUAGGGCUCAGCGUCCCCUAAAUGGACCGUACGAUGGUUUCGGCUUUAAUGUCGAUUUGCAUAUGCUCAGGAUCGACGGCCGCUACUUGACGGCACCAGUUCUGCAAUACCGCCAAUACAAUGCAGGCGGCCCAGUGGAAAAUCGUACAAAGAUCUUACUAAGCGAUGCUACAAAGCACGGGGCUUGGAAAAUACAUGAUUGCGCACUCGCCCUCAGCGCCAAGCGCCACAAUUGGUCGUGGAUCGAAUUCACCAAAGGUCCACCGUGUGAUGAAGUCCAGCGACAAGUGUUUCUCAAUGCUAUCGAGGAUGGUUAUAAGAGGUACUGCUCGUUCGACAAUAUAGAACCAUGGGAUCAUCCUGACGGUCUUUCAUCUCACAUCCUCCCAUACCCCGAUGGCAAACUUGAGGAACAAAAGAAAACUCUCCAAGAGUUUCUCAAUAAAUUCAAAGUCAAUGUCGACUUUCUCUUUGUUAUCCUUCCUGAGAAGAGCAUUCCACAGUACGCGAUGCUGAAGUUGGUGGCCGACACACUCGUAGGCAUUCAGACUACCUGUGUGGUGAAAGAGCCCCAGUGGGAGAAAGAAGAAGAGGGGACUCAAGGCCAGCCAUCGACCAGUGAGCGAGGCAAUCAGACAAGCAACCAGGGAAAUAAUCCACGUGGCCGUCAGCAAGGUUACCAGCAGCGGUCACGGCCAGGCCAACAGCAUCGAGGUCGCCCGCAUCAAGGUCAUCCGCAUCAGGGUCACCAGCAUCAAGGUCGCCCGUAUCGAGGUAGCCCGCAUCAAGGUCGCCCGCAUCAAGGUAGCCGGCAGGGUGAUCAACAGCUCACGAUAAAAGAACAAGCUCGAGCCUACAGAGGGAAAACACAGAUCAAAUGCAAACCCGAGGUGAUCGCGAAUAUCAUGCAGAAAGUGAAUGUGAGGCUCCGAGGCACUAAUACCGUCUUGGCCAAUGCUAAAGAUCCGAAAUUGUUCACACCCGAGACCAUGGUCGUUGGAGCUGAUGUUACGCAUCCAGGUGUGGGAAGCCUGGAUAAGUGUCCCUCAAUUGCGGCUGUGGUUUGCAGUACUUACACGUCUUUCAGUCAUUACACAGCAUCACUGCGAUGCCAGGGAAGCAAAGUGGAGCGCAUUGAGAAGUUCACCGAGAUGCUAGUCGAAAGACUGGAGUACUGGAAAGCCAAGUCUGGAGCCAAGUCUGGAGGCAAGUCUGGAGCCAAGUACCCAGAGCGCUUGGUUAUCUUCCGAGACGGGGUGAGCGAAGGACAAUUCCAGAUGAUACUGAAACAAGAAUGGCCGCAGAUCCAGAAAGCUUGCCGGGAGACCUACGCCAAAGCUAAACAGCAGUUCCCAAAGAUACUACUGAUGUGUGUGUUGAAGCGGCAUGCCACUCGUUUCUUUCCCCGCUCUGAGGACGAUCGAGACGUGCUCGGAAACCCCAAGUGCGGCUUAGUUGUGGAUCAGGGCGUCACCUAUAAAGACGGCUACGACUUCUAUCUCCAGAGCCAUGCGGUGAUUAAGGGUACGGCACGUCCUGCGCACUAUGUCGUCUUGGUAGAUGAGCUGAAUCUGGCUCCGGACAUCGUUCAGCGCGAGACAUACCAGCAUUGCUUCUUGUACGGCAGAUGUAACCGCGCGAUCGGGAUACACCCGGCUGCUCGCCUUGCAGAUCGAGCAUGUGAUCGUGGCCGGAAAUAUCUUCAGCAUGUCUUUUCACCCGAAAACGACAGGCAGCGGACCUUCGACCGGGCUACGCCUGAAGACCGCGGCGCGUGGAUUCAGGAUGUCCAUGACGAUCUCAAGAAUGAAAUGUUCUUCCUAUAG